CUAACGUUUACCAACACUGGACAAAAACAGACGCAUUUUCGCAAUCACACAAAUAUAAAUUAUUGUGAAUUUUCCGCAAUUAAAGCGGCCCAGCACCCAUUGCCAAGAUGCUUUACCUGGAGGACUACCUGGAGAUGAUCGAGCACCUGCCGCAGGAGCUGCGCGACCGCUUCACGGAGAUGCGCGAACUGGAUCUCGCCGUUCAGAACAACAUGGACUCUCUGGACAAGAAGGCGCACCUAUUCUUCAAACAGUGCAAGCGCGAUGAGCUGCAGCACGAGUCCAUGGACACGGAGUUUCACAGCCUGCGCGGCGAGUACUUCAAGGUGAUGGAGGACGCGGACGAGAAGGUGGCCAUUGCCACCCAGAUCCACGAGCUAGUGGAGCGCUACCUGCGCCGCCUGGACAGCGAGCUCUUCAAGUUCAAGUGCGAGCUGGAGGCGGACAACAACGGCAUUACCGAGAUCCUCGAGCGUCGCUCCCUGGAGCUGGACGGCAACUCCACGGCCGCCACCGCCCUGCUGCUCAGCAUGAACCAGAAGGAGAAUCGCUACUUCGGCGCCAGUUCGGCCAACAGUCUGGUCAACAGCUCGGCCGGCGGCCAUGGUGUCCCAUCCGGCCCAUCCGCCACCGGCUCCUCCUCGGCCAUUGCCCUGGUCAGCGGAGCCACUGGAUCAGGAUCGGGAGCCCUGGCCAGCAUCUCCACGGCCCAGCUCAGCUCCAGCCAGCGGCACCGCAAGCUGGAGAAGCGGCGCGAGACUAUCUGCACCGUGCCCGUGCAGGAGAAGCGCGCCAAUCUCAACCAAUCGCUGCCCGUGGUCACCACUGCCCCGGUGCUGGCCUCCUCCUCCUCUUCUGCCUCUGCGGCUCCUGGUGCCCUGGCCAGCGUCACAGCCGCCCAGUCGCAGGCCUCCAAUCACAUUGGCAGCCUGGCCACCACACAUCUUAGCCUGUCCGUAUCCGUGGGCGUCAGUGUGGGCGUGGCCGGCGGCAGUGGCAACCUGCCCGGCAGCAGCAGCUCAAUGGCAGCCGGAACGGGCUCCCUGGUGCGCCAGCUGCCCACAAACCUGGCGCACAGCGUGCUAAGCAGCACAGGCGGAGCCGUAACGGCAGCGGGCGGAGUGGCAGGCGGCACUGGAGCCACACCGGUGGUCACAGGAGCAACCGCGGGCCAUGGACAUGGCGGCGGAGCCACAGUCACCUACAACCUGCAGCAACUGGGCGGAGGAGCGGCCGCCUCCAGUGCCAUUGCGGCGGCAGCCAGCCAGGCGAUUGUGGCCACGCAGCAGAUGCAGCAGGGUCGGCGCACGGCCAGCCUGAAGGCCAGCUACGAGGCCAUCCACGGCACGGCGGGCACCACGGCGGAGUUCUGGUCGCAGGCGGGCCAGGGCGGUGGCCUGCCGCAGUCCGCGGGCGGAGCGGUUGCAGUGGCGGCCGGCACGGCACUAACCACCAGCGGAGCAGCUGGAGGAGGAGCUGGCACCGGCGGAUCACACCACUCGCACCACUCACAGUCGCACCACAGCAGCAGCAGCAGCAGCCAUGGCCACGGACACGGACAUGGUCACGGCCAUGGACAUGGGCAUGGCCAUGGGCACCACAGCAGCGGCAGCGGACAUGGCAGCGGUCACCACCACCAGGAGAAGAAGCAGAAGAAGAAGCUGACCACUGCGCUGGCGGUGCCCUCGUCGCUGGCCGUUCAGCCGCUGGCCGGCUCCUCGUCCGGCAACUCCAUUGGCUCCGCCUCCUCCUCGAUGAGCGUGGAGUCGGUGGACAUGCUCUCCACGGCUAUGGCUGCAGCGGCUGCAGCGGCCUCAACAAAUCUUUCAACUGGUGGCCUGCCCCAUGGAACGCUGACCAUGGCUGGCGGUGGAGCAGCCCCAGGAGCUGGCUUGACGACGGCCAAUGCCGCUGGCAGUGUCACCGGCGUGGCUGCCAUGACCCUGCCCACCAACAACAGCAGCACCGCCAGCGCCACCGCCACAAUGCCGCCCGGCACCAGUCUGAUCAUCAACGAGAACGGACUCAUGGUGGAGCAGACCAACGAGGGCGAGUGGUCGUACGAUCCCAACGAGCCGCGCUACUGCACCUGCAACCAGGUGUCCUACGGCGACAUGGUGGCCUGCGACAACGACGCCUGUCCCUACGAGUGGUUCCACUACCCCUGCGUGGGCAUCACGCAGCCGCCGAAGGGCAAGUGGUUCUGUCCCAAGUGCACCGCCUCCAUGCGACGGCGCGGCAACAGGAAGAACUGAGGAUUGGAUGCGCUGCUGGGCAAACUGGAAUCGUUGGCUUAAUGGCUGGGGUCCUCUUCAAAAAACAAA